CCAUAGGCUCCACCUCCGUCAGCCGCUGCCAUCGCUGCCCUUCGGAUCUCCGGCGCCACCCUCCCAUACCUUCGGUGCCAGCCUCCCAAGCAUACGUCGCCACUGUCGCACAUCAGAGGUCGGCUUCACAUCUUGACAAACAGCCCUAAGAAAAAACGACGGCCACAAGAAUUCAUUCAUGGAGCAAUCCACUACCUCAUUAACCGGCGAAUCUGAUAUUCUUGAACAUAUUGCCGACCGUUACAAGAAAUCCCGCUCACCUCAUCACCGCCAGCUCUACGCAGCUGCUGCCUAUACCCAAUGUAUGAUAAAAUCUAAAUCUUUGCCCGUCACUCCGCUCAAUUACUUCGUUAACAUCAUUGACGCCCUCUAUGAUUCCUCAUAUUCUCAUACCCUCUCUAAUUCAACCUUUAAUGCUGAUGCAAUGUCUGGAAUGUCUUCGUUUUUGACAUUUGUGUUGACUAUGGUUCCUGAGAAGUCUAUAUCCAUGUCUAAGGCGGCUGAGGCUGUCGAGAUUGUGGUUAAAUGUUUGGAGGUUGAGUUUGUGAGUUUGCGGGUUUUAAGAUUUAUGGAGUGUUUGAGGGUAUUGCUGGAGAUUUGUGAUUUAGGAGAUUGGGAUAUUGUGAAAUUAAGUUUCCAGACGUUUAUCAAGUAUGCAGUAGAUAACAAAAAUGAAAAGGUUAGAAAAUGUGCUGAACAUUGUGUUUUGAAGGCUCUUCACAUGUUAGAUCUGUUGAAACGUUUCAUUCCUUUUUUAACAAAACCAGAAGACAUGCAGGAAGUCAUACUAGAAUUACAAAAGUGUAUGACUGCCAAGUUUUCAACAUUGUAUGUUUUAGAUGUAAUGGAGGAGAUACUUGCUCUCAUUGAAUCUGAAUCCGAACUUAUAUUUGUAAAGACCGUGAAGAUUUCAGACAAAUGGAAAAGUGAUUAUUCCAUACUCAUUCAGUCUAUAACAGGUCUUUUGAUAUGUGAGGCUACUGCUGCAAGGGCUUCAAAUAUCUUAAAAGAAAUGUUUUCCCGUGUACUUUUCAGUGAAGUGGGACUUAAUGCUGAAUCUGAGCAAUCAAAUCUAGUGAGAUGCUUAUGUGAUUCACUUUUAGAAGUUCUGAGGACCUAUCCAAAUGAACAUUCUUUGAGUGUCAUCUCUGCUUUAUUUCUCCAUCUUGGGUUAGACUCUUUUAUCUACAUGGACAGGAUUUUUAUGAAGACUGUUGGUUUUAUGUCAGAUGCAUCUACUUGUGAUGUAAAACAUUUUGAGCAGUGUAUCGGGUCUGCCGUAAUGGUUAUGGGCCCCGAUAAAAUACACACAUUGUAUCCUCUCUCGUUUGAUGCAAAUGAGCAGACUUGCUCAAAUACUUGGUUGUUACCUAUCUAUAAGGAGUAUGUCAUAUAUUCACAUGUGCGGUUUUUCAUCAGAACUAUAGUGCCUCUAUCUGAAUCCUUCAGAAAAGCGUGUAAAAGAGGUAAAAAGAUGGCAGUAAAAAGAAAGCAGAUGCAGUCCCUUUCACGUACUUGUUGGGAAUUACUACCUUCUUUUUGUCGCUAUCCAUAUGAUUUGGAGGAAAGUUUUGGGUCCUUGGCUGAGAUUUUAAUUCCAAACAUCAAAGAAAAUGCCUCUAUGCUUGAGAGCAUUGCUAUUGCACUGCAGUGUCUUGUGAAGCAAAACAUGAGCUUAAGUUUGAGUUUCCCUGGAAGUUCCGGAGUUAUAGAUAUGGGAAUUGAAAAAGAAAACGCAGAGAGAAACAUCAAGGUUAUGGCAUCAUGGUCAGAGGCAUUAUUGAAGGCUUUUACCAAUGUUUUCUUUCAGGUGUCGCCUGAGAAACGUUCUUUUCUAAAGGAAACAAUUGGAUGCUUAGCAAAUAUCGCUGAAUUCCCAACAUCAAAGGCAAUUUUUAUUUCAUCUCUUGAAAGAGUGAAGCCGGAUGUUUCUGAUCAGAAAAAUGCCAACAUAGGUCUGAUACAUGAACUAGCAUCAGCAAUUGUUGCUGAUGUUGGAAUGGAUCCAAUAGAUUUUAUAUACUGCUGUAUAGGGGAUUGUUUGAAGGAAGAUGAUGAGGAAGCGUAUGCCAAUCUUUACAUACUUUUGGAAUCUUUUGAGUUCAUGUCUUCAAGAUUCGAGCAACUUGUGGAUUUGUUACGUGAUUUGAAGUCCCCUGUCGAUAUAAUUUCAUUUAGAUGGAGGUUUUUGUGCUUAAAGACCUUGCUAUUUCACUCAUUCGAGAGAACUUGUGAUGGAGAGAACAAGUAUGGCGUUUGGGUGCUCAAUGAAAUCAUUGUGACACUAAAAGAUGACAAGGAGGAUAGGAGAGAAGUGGCACAUGACAUUCUUCUAGAUACAAGUUCCAUCAUGCAAUCCAAACCAGAAACUUAUUAUAAAUUCAUCACCAUGAUGAUGGGGUAUCUCUUUGGGUUUUCUCCUUGCAUUACAAGUGGUGCAAUCCUUGCAUUGUCUAUUAUGUUAUCCAACGACUCAAAAAUCUGCGAAUUGAAGCCCGAUCUUGUGCCAGAAAUCCUUGAGUUGCUGGAUAGGGAAGAAGACAUACAAGUUGCAGAAGCUGUUUUAUGGUUUCUAAAGAUGCUGGUUUUGAGCCUUGAAGUGGCAGAACUGAAGAUGGUCCUAUGUGAUAUUCUGAAUGGACUUCAAUCUUGGUCAUUUGUGAGUGACCUUCCGGAGAUUUUGCUGCUGGAACGUGGUGAUUUUAGGAAUGUGUUUGAGAUUUGUACAACUUCCCUGGAAGAAGGCAAGGAAACAAGCAGAUCACCUCAACAUGAUUUCAAAGCAAAUGUGAAUGAAAUUUUUGAAAAUAUUGUGCAAAAAUGUGGUUCUGCAUCAGUUGAAUCUCUUGUACCUGAGAAAUACCGCCUAGGUUUUAGGAUAUGUUUGGAGAGUGCUCCAAGUUCCCCCGAAGAAGGCAAGGCGAACGAGGCACUAAUUACUUCUAUGUUUGUGUCAUCUCAAGAAGAAGGCUUUUGCUGUAGACAACAGUUGGGAACAUAACGAGGCUGAAAUCAAAUGGCAAUCUUUCAAGAUUUAUACAUCUAUCAAAGUUUUGAAACAAAACAGAAUUCCAUGUUGAAUGCUGAUAAUUUAAAUGGCAAAAUUUUCUUUAGCAUAGCUAGAUGUAGGGGUGUUCGUUUGGAUGGAUUGGUUUAAUCCGAUCCGAUCAAGUGAAUCCAAAUUAAUUUCGAUUUUCAAAACGUAGAUCCAAAUAGUCCAAAUUAAAUUCAAAUCCGAUCCGAUCCAAC